UCCACCGAGGAGAGAAUCGUUUGCACGAGCCACAGAACGGGCAUCAGGCCUCGCGGGCAUCCUACGGCCCAAAGGACAAGACAGGCCCAGUGGCCCAAGAAAAUCAUACGCCAGCAAGCAUUAAUGACGUAAUAAUCAUAUUCGGAAAGUCCGUAGGAUUUAAGGCGAGAUUUUCCCCAUUCCUGUUCUUCUUCCUCCGAAACCCUAAUCCCCAAAUCGCCGAAUCGAAACCCAGCCCGGCGGCGCGGAACCCACCCUUCCAUCGACAGGCAUGGCGAUCGCUCGCACCGGCGUGUAUGUGGACGACUACUUGGAGUGUGAGUUUGCUGGCUUUGAUUUUGUUUUCUCCUCGUUCGACAUGUUCUUAGACUAUUUGCUCUUACCGUCUUCGCUUCGUGUCUCAGAUUCGAGCACCCUGGCCGGCGAUCUGCAGAGGAUUCUCUCCACCAUGCACGAGCUUGACGAGAGGGCUGAUGGCAUUAUGGGCCAGACAAAAGGACAGAUCAAGCAUCUCCUCGGAGUGCCAUCCCACGGGGUUGACAGGCCAAACAUGGUGGGCGAUGAUGAGGCUGCCUUGGAGAGGAUGAAGAGGGAUAUUGAAAGUAGCCAGGACAAUGCGUUAAGUCUCUGCACCGAAAAAGUUUUGCUCGCACGCCAAGCUUAUGACCUGAUAGAGAGCCAUAUCAAACGCCUUGAUGAAGACCUAGGCCAGUUUGCAGAAGAUUUAAAGCAAGAAGGAAAAAUACCUCCAGAUGAACCACAUAUCCUUCCUCCAAUGCCAGUUGGUGGAAGGGAUGACAAACGAAGGCAUAUUCUUGGUACUCCCCAAGCAACAAAGAAGUUCAGAGAGAGGGAAUGGGAAAGGGGUAUGGACUUUGACUUGAUGCCCCCUCCAGGCAGCAGCAAGAAAACAGCUACAUCAAUGGAUGCCGAUCAAAUGAUUGAUCCGAAUGAACCAACAUAUUGUGUAUGCCACCAGGUUUCAUAUGGUGAUAUGAUUGCUUGUGACAACGAGAAUUGUGAAGGAGGAGAAUGGUUCCACUAUUCGUGUGUUGGUCUGACACCAGAAACGAGAUUCAAAGGGAAAUGGUUUUGCCCAACUUGCAGGAAUCUUCAGUGAGAGGUUCUCCUAAGUUGGUAACUGUGUUAUGGCAACAAAUGGCUCCAAUGAUCACAAGGGGGAUGGUUUUACCCCAUCAUGCAGGAUUCUUCAGCAUGAAGUUCCUGAAGUUUGUGAUAGGAUACCAAAUGGUUACAUGGUGCUACUUAAAAAAACAUUCUGGCUUUUUCCUUCAACUCGAAUUGCUUAUCAGCUGUGUUUGUACUGGAAACUGGGGAGAACAUAACGGUUCCGCAAACGGUGGAAACUCUUGUAGUUAUGACAUGUUUUGUUAUGUUGUGUUUCUUCCUUGCCGCUGCAUUUACUUGUAUGUUGACGCUUGUUGUGUCUGAAUUUUAUUGUGUGCUGGGAACCUAGCAUCCAUUUA